CCCGCAAAUGGACCACACUGCACGUUGCUGCGGACCGCGACCCACCAGCUUCACAUUUACCCUCGAAUUACCAUGCCUCGGUGUUUGCCGGUCUUUUAUAUGUGCUUCUACAAUUCCAACAUACCCCAUUCAAUCGCAACAGAGCCUCCAUAGUUCCACAAGCAUCCAUUGACCAACCACACCUCUCCACCCUCCAACCCUCCACAAUGGCGACUCCCUCGCUCGAAACGCCGCUCUCGAAGCUCCUGGGGAUCAAAUACCCCAUCAUCCUCGCCGGCAUGGCUCGAACCUCCGGCGGCCCUCUCGCAGCGGCCGUGUCCAACGCAGGCGGCUUGGGUGUCAUCGGAGGCCUAGGAUACACACCAGAUCAGCUCCAGACCAUCAUAGAUGAGCUGAAAGCAAACCUGACGGAUAAAUCUCUCCCUUUUGGCGUCGAUCUCGCGCUCCCGCAGGUCGGAGGCAACGCGCGCAAGACCAACCAUGACUACACCCACGGCCACCUGGACGAGCUCAUCGAGGUCACGAUCAAGAACGGCGCAAAGCUGUUCGUCAGCGCUGUUGGUGUCCCUCCCGCACGAACAAUCAAGAGACUACAUGAGGCGGGCAUUCUGAUUAUGAACAUGGUUGGCGCGCCGAAGCAUGCGGUUAAGGCGCUGAAUGCAGGCGUGGACAUUGUAUGUGCACAGGGCGGCGAAGGAGGAGGGCAUACGGGCGAUAUCGCGAACAGCAUACUCAUCCCCUCGGUAGUGGAUGUGGCGAGGCGGUACAAGAGCCCGCUGACGGGCGAGCCAGCAAUGGUGGUCGCGGCGGGAGGAAUCUACAAUGGGCGCAGUCUGGCGAGUAGUCUGAUGCAGGGUGCGCAGGGCGUGUGGGUGGGCACGCGGUUCGUUGCCUCCACGGAGGCAGGCUGCUCGGAGUUGCACAAGAAGGACGUUGUCAGCGCGUCGUUCACGGACACGCUGAGGACGCUGGUGGUGACUGGACGGCCGCUGCGGGUGAGGAUGAAUGACUAUAUUCGAGAUUGGGAGAGCAGGCCGGACGAGAUCAAGAAUUUGACGGAGCAGGGUAUUGUGCCCAUGACGAAGGAUAUGGACGACGGGAAGGAUACGGAUAAGCCCUUCCUGAUGGGCCAAGUUGCGGCUGUCAUAGAAAAGAUCCAACCGGCCAAGGAGAUUGUGGACGAGAUGGUCGCGGAGGCUGUGGCGAUGCUGAAGCUGGGCCAGACGUAUAUCAGUGUUCCGAGCAAGUUAUAGGGGGCUGACGGAGUGUGUGAGUAAAAUGUAUAAGCAAAUAAGUAGACAUUACUUCCUUUGAGGUCCGAUCUGCUUCCUGAGGUCCACAUAUAAUCAAAGGCACCUAGGCAGUGCAGUCUUCGGAGCUGUUGGGCAGGUGGAGUACGGACGUGUAUUCGUGCUCUGAAACGUGAGUCUUGAGCCACGAGAGAGACCCCCAACAUUGAAAUCGAGAAGGAGGUGUAUCUCCAAGUUCGUUGAAUUGUCGGUACGUCCGUAGCAUAUUCUGAAAUAGUAAACAUAGCG